AUGGCUUACUCCUGGGAUAACCGCGUCAAGUACCUCGUCAGGUACAUGUACGACAUCGACAACAACGGCUUCCUGGACAAGAACGACUUCGAUUGCCUCGCCGUCCGCGUCACUCUUAUCGAAGGCCACGGCGAGUUCUCCCCCGACACCUUCGCUUCCAACCAGAAGAUCAUGACUAACCUGUGGAACGAAAUCGCCGAGUUGGCUGACUUCAAUAAGGACGGCGAAGUGAGUGUAGAGGAGUUCAAGCAAGCUGUUCAGACACACUGCAAGGGCAAGAAGUACGAGGCUUUCCCCUCUGCCUUCAAGGUCUUCAUCUGCAACCAGUUCAAGACCAUUGAUGUCAACGGUGAUGGACUGGUCGGCGUUGACGAGUACAGGCUGGACUGCAUCACACGCGCUGCCUUUGCUGAUGUUAAGGAGAUCGACGAUGCCUUUGACAAGCUCUGCACCGAGGAGGACAAGAAGGCCGGCGGCAUCAACAAGACCCGCUACCAGGAGCUCUACGCCGAGUUCAUCUCCAACACUGACGAGAACAGCAACGCCUGCUACCUCUUCGGGCCUCUGAAGGUGGUGCAGUAG